UCAAUUUUUGCCAACACUAUUCCUUUUAAUGAUGGUUUCUCCGUUACUGAGAGGACAUGUCAUAAGAGGUAUACAAAACAAUACAUUAGUAAAGAAGACUUGUGAAACAUUCUGUGAUAAUUAUGGAACAGUUUAUCCACAAGAUGAUCAUGUAAAUGAGGAUUGUGAAGUGACCAUUAACCAAUUGGAUAUAAACGCUUUCGUAAAUAAACUGCGAUCGCAAGAAUAUCAUAUCAGUCUGCUUAGAAUAAGUCUCAAUUUUUCAGAGGACAUGAAGAACAGAAAAGUAAAUCACACUUAUUGUACAAUUUUGCCACUUGAAUGGAUAUGGACGUAUAAAGGUGAAAACGGUGGAUUUCAAUUUUUAUCUUUGAUGAAUGAAUUUUCAUUGUAUUCACUAAGCUUGCUUGAUCAAUACACAAUUUCUAUGACAUUCAACUUAAAUUUGAAAAGAGGUUGUCCUGUGCGAAUUGGUGACAGAAAUACUACAGAGCGAUUAGGAUCAGCAUUUUUACAAGUUUUUAACAAGUCAUUUCAACAUGACAGUGAGAUCGGAUUAAGGUAUGGAUAUAUUUGUUAUAUAAGUAGAAUAUGGAUCAAUAAUACCACAUACAUGUUCAGUAAAUACAUCAUUAGCCCAAAGCAAAGUAUGGGUUACCGCUGCUGCAGAAAUGAAUUCAAUAAAACUACUGGUAAAGACAUGAUAUCGUGCACGAGUGACGCAAUCAUGAUUGACAGUGGUUUAUGGUGGAACUUUCCUUAUGUAAUAGGUUGGCUCCUGUUUCUUUUCCUACCCCUUCUAUUCUUAAAGUACACUGAAAAGAAAUACAAAAAUCAAAACGUUGUUAACGUAGAAUGGCUAAUUUCAAAUCCAUUAUCAUUCGGUAACGUUCUGAGUGGUCUUUUUCACCGUGCUUACGCCUCCGGAAAAAUUUGUACAAGACUGUUCAAAAUUAUUUGUGUCCUCUCAACUUCGCUGUUCGUUGUUUUAGAAGUUCUAUCGCACUUCUUCAUCCUGAAGGAUUACGUGGCCAGCAGCACUAAAGCAGGAGCUACAUUUAAUUGGAUGUCUAUGGCUGCUGGAUAUUCACUGAGUAGGGACAAGUUUCUUCCGUAUUUAGGAGGUCCGUAUUUAGCACUAGCGUUGUAUAACAUUUCAAGUGCCUUUCUGAUUUGUCUUCCAGCUGACAUGAGUAAAUUUGUGGAUAAAGGAAUAGACGAUAAAGAAUAUAUGUUUACGUCUUUAUUAACUGUUGAUAUAAGUUCCAAAGGUAAACUGGGAGCUGUACUGAAUAUCCGCAGACAAGCUGGAUAUACACGACUAUAUUCGGUUCUGAAAGCCAAUAUUUACAUGCUUAUCAAUCCGUCAUUUUGGAAUCUUGGGUUCCAGAUUCAGAAAAGAAGAAUAAUUGGAUACAUCAGUGUAUUGACUGGAAAUAAAAUAUUAUAUAGAAUAGUUCUUACUGCUGGUUUGAUCCCAAUUUAUUUUAUUUUAUGCAUUAUUGAAUGGGUGCUAGCAACAUUUGUGUACGGAUUGCCUAUAGUAGGAUUUUUCAUUAUCAUUAUAAAUGCAUAUUACAACACUGUAAGGCAAAUGCGCAUUUUUCAGAAGACUGGCUCAGCUAGCUUUGUUCUCGGUACUCUAGUAAUUUAAUUAAUGUCCGUAUGUGUUGCCUUUGAUAUUUACAUAUUCUCGCUACUUUUUAUUGAGAGCUUCAUCUUUUUAUGUCGGAUUUGUACAUACUCUUUUGCUGGGCUUAUUGCUUAUCCUAACGUUACUUACGGCUAUCUGGUUUUCACGCUUACAGUUAUAAUAUAUGUCACAGAAAGCAUACAACAUGUAAAUGCUGUGUAUACACACCUUUUUGAAACAGUGGAGAACAUUUGCAUACAGAUGAAAAAAGGAAAUCAAUUCCAGUCCGUUCCAUUGAUUAGUUGUAAUGGAUGUACAAUAUCUGUUUCCAAACCUUUAUUUCGUUAUGUCGUUCGAUACUACAGACCCUUAAGAAUUGAAAUACUAUUUUCUCUACUGAAACUGACCUUCAUCGUAAUCCUUCUAUACAUGUCCAUUUCAAUUCUUCUCACAUUUAAAGAACUAAGUAAAAUGUCGACACUGACGCAAGCUAUUACAGCUCUUUUCAUUUGUUUGAUUCCAAAAUUAUGGCACAAGUUUGAGGAAAAGGGAGAAAAAUACAAAAAAGAGACAACAUCUGCCAAAAUUAAGAAUAUAAUCGAACAGUAUAGCAGAUGCUAUAUACAUAAACGAACUCCGACAGGUAUUCAGGAUGAUGUUUCAACAGAAGAUUACAUAGAACACAGCACAAGCAACAAUAUAUCAUCAGAUGACGAACUACUAGAGGAGUUGUUACUAGACGUAGACAUUGAAUGAAUAAAAUUUCACCAAAAAUGUAAAAAAAACUAUAAUAAUAAAACAGAAAGAAAAGUUUGAAUUUUAAAUCUAGCCAGACAGAUAGUAUAAUAUGCUUUAGGUCUUUACAAUAUUUACAUUUCAAGAUAAACUUUUAUAAAUAUUUAUGUAGUCAUUGAGAUUUAAAGUUAUGUGUAACAAACAACCUUUCCAAAAACGUUAUUUUGCCACAGGAAAUGUUAGUCGAGUUUCUUUUUGUGCAAAGGUGUUGGUCAUAUAUUGUUUUACAAAAAAUCUGUGUAUACAAUGAAUAUUUUACGUCGAAUAUGACAAUUUCGAUAUGGACAUGA